AGCCCGGGAGGCACUGCCCCGUGCCCUGGAUUGAGAAGGUCCACGCCUCCUUGGGAAGCCCAGGCGGGAGACAGCGGCCCUCUCUCUCUCUCUCUCUCUCUGCAUCUGCCGGCUCCACAGCAGCCGGUAUUUUUCCACAGGCCUUCUCUGCCGCUCCCAGGGCCUACUUUCCCAGCCAGGCCAGGCGUCCGAGAGAGGGUUAACAGGCAGGAAGCUGAAGGCAUCGCAGGCUCAGACGGAAGUCAGAUUUUUGUUUAACUGACAGGUUCAGCAGGCCCCAGCCGCGGUGGGGGAGGGGGCGGCAGGGAAGGGAAGUCUGUAGGUGGAGGCAUGUGGCCUGCCAGGAGCACGCUUGGCUUAGGGAUGGCUCUUGCUCACCCUAGCCUCACAAAGAUAAUCGCUCAGGAAGUCUUUCAGCCAAUCCGGGGCGGCCUUACACUCGGAUUUUCCGGGGCAGCCAAUCGGGGAUGAGCUUUUAUGAGGCGGCCAGAUCAUCAGCUGAAGUGCCAAACCCUUUUUCUGUGCGAACUAGGAGCCUGUCCUCCAUGUUUUAUAAGUAUUGACAUUACACAGUGUUAGCAAUGCAUCCACAGAGUCCCAAACCUGCCAGCCUGUUCUCUCUCCUUCCUAACUCUGGGAACAUGAGCCGGUUGCUUGAGUCCUGGCUGGCUUGGCUGAAGAGGAAAUAAAAACAGAACCGGAGGUGGUGGAGGGCAUGGAUAUCUCUACUCGCUCCAAAGAUCCUGGUUCUGCAGAAAGAAUAGCCCAGAAGAGAAAGUUCCCCAGCCCUCCUCAUUCCUCCAAUGGCCAUUCGCCACAGGAUACGUCCACAAGCCCCAUUAAAAAGAAAAAGAAACCUGGCUUACUGAAUAAUAACAAUAAGGAUCAGUCAGAACUAAGACAUGGUCCGUUUUACUAUAUGAAGCAGCCACUCACCACAGACCCUGUUGAUGUUGUACCGCAGGACGGACGAAAUGAUUUCUACUGCUGGGUUUGUCACCGGGAAGGCCAAGUCCUUUGCUGUGAGCUCUGUCCCCGGGUUUAUCACGCUAAGUGUCUGAGACUGACAGCGGAACCAGAGGGGGACUGGUUUUGUCCUGAAUGUGAGAAAAUCACAGUAGCCGAAUGCAUCGAGACGCAGAGCAAAGCCAUGACCAUGCUCACCAUUGAACAGUUAUCCUACCUGCUCAAGUUUGCCAUUCAGAAAAUGAAACAGCCAGGGACAGAUGCAUUCCAGAAGCCAGUACCCCUGGAACAGCACCCUGACUACGCGGAGUACAUUUUCCAUCCCAUGGACCUUUGCACCCUGGAAAAGAAUGCGAAGAAGAAAAUGUAUGGCUGCACGGAAGCCUUCCUGGCAGAUGCCAAGUGGAUCUUGCACAACUGCAUCAUUUAUAAUGGGGGAAAUCAUAAAUUGACACAAAUAGCGAAAGUGGUCAUCAAAAUCUGUGAGCAUGAGAUGAAUGAAAUUGAAGUGUGCCCUGAAUGUUAUCUAGCUGCUUGCCAAAAGCGAGAGAACUGGUUCUGUGAGCCUUGUAGCAAUCCUCAUCCUUUGGUCUGGGCCAAGCUCAAGGGCUUCCCCUUCUGGCCUGCGAAAGCUCUACGGGACAAAGACGGGCAGGUUGACGCCCGGUUCUUUGGACAACACGACAGGGCCUGGGUCCCCAUCAAUAACUGCUACCUCAUGUCUAAAGAAAUCCCUUUUUCUGUGAAGAAGACGAAGAGCAUCUUCAACAGUGCCAUGCAGGAGAUGGAGGUGUACGUGGAGAACAUCCGCAGGAAGUUCGGGGUCUUUAAUUACUCUCCAUUCAGGACACCCUACACACCCAACAGCCAGUACCAGAUGCUGCUCGACCCCACCAACCCCAGCGCGGGCACGGCCAAGAUCGACAAACAGGAGAAGGUCAAGCUCAACUUCGACAUGACGGCCUCCCCCAAGAUCCUCAUGAGCAAGCCGAUGCUGAGUGGCGGCUCUGGCCGCAGGAUAUCCUUGUCGGACAUGCCCCGGUCCCCGAUGAGUACCAACUCCUCCGUGCACACGGGCUCCGACGUGGAGCAGGACCCCGAGAAGAAGGCCACCUCCAGCCACUUCAGCGCCAGCGAGGAGUCCAUGGACUUCCUGGAUAAGAGCACAGGCUCUGGGUUCCCAGAUGGGGCUGUGCCAUCUGGCGCAGGGUGGCAUCCUCAGCUUCAGCACGGGUCACCCCUGGGACCAGCCUCUCCUGCCUCCACCAAGACGGGACAAGCAGGGAGCUUAUCCGGCAGCCCAAAACCCUUUUCACCUCAAGCAUCAACUCCAGUCACGACGAAGACAGACAAAGCCUCCACCACCGGAAGUAUCCUGAAUCUUAACCUGGACCGCAGCAAAGCUGAGAUGGACUUGGAGGAGCUCAGCGAGGCAGUGCAGCAGCAGGCUGCCCCCGCGCCCCUCACCUCACCCAAGCGGCAGAUCCGCAGCAGGUUCCAGCUCAACCUCGACAAGACGAUUGAGAGCUGCAAGGCACAGCUAGGCAUCAAUGAGAUCUCCGAAGAUGUCUACACGGCUGUGGAGCACAGCGAUUCGGAAGAUUCGGAGAAAUCGGAUAGCAGCGACAGUGAGGACAUCAGCGACGAAGAGCAGAAGCCCAAGACAGAGCCGGAGCCCACGGAGGACAAGGAGGCCGGUCGGGGGGACAAAGAGCCGGUAGCCGUCAAAAAAAAGCCCAAGGUCGCCAACCCCGUGGAGGUGAAGGAGGAGGAGCUGAAGAGCGCAUCCCCGACCCCCGAGAAGGCCGACCCCAACGCCUCAGCCAAGGACAAGGCCAGCCCGGAGCCCGAGAAGGACUUUGCUGAGAAAGCAAAGCCCUCGCUUCAUCCCACCAAGGACAAGCUGAAGGGAAAAGACGAGACGGAUUCCCCAACCGUGCACCUGGGCCUGGACUCCGACUCCGAGAGCGAACUUGUGAUAGACUUAGGAGACGACCAUUCUGGGCGGGAGGGGCGGAAGAGUAAGAAGGAGCCCAAAGAGCCAUCCCCCAAGCAGGAGGUUGUAGGUAAAGUGCCACCCUCCACCACAACAGCGGGCAGCCAGUCUCCCCCCGACACACCGGUGCUCACCCGCUCUUCCUCCCAAACCCCCACGGCUGGUGUUACAGCCACCACCAGCGCAACAUCCUCUGCGACCGUCACCGCCCCCUCCACCGCCACUGCCACCACCUCCACCAACACUGCCGCCACCACGGCCACCGCUGCCGGAAGCCCGGUGAAAAAGCAGAGGCUGCUCUUACCGAAGGAGACUGCCCCGGCUGUGCAGCGGGUCGUGUGGAACUCCUCAAGUAAGUUUCAAACGUCCUCCCAAAAGUGGCACAUGCAGAAGAUGCGGCAGCAGCAGCAGCAGCCCGGCCAGCAGCCUCAGUCUUCCCAGGGAACGCGCUAUCAGACCAGACAGGCUGUGAAAGCUGUCCAGCAGAAGGAGAUCACGCAGAGCCCAUCCACGUCCACCAUCACCCUGGUGACCAGCACCCAGGCGUCACCCCUGGUCACCAGCUCUGGGGCCUCCAGCACCCUUGCGUCUUCGGUCAGCGCUGACCUACCCAUCGCCACCGCCUCCGCGGAUGUGGCCGCGGACAUUGCCAAGUACACGAGCAAGAUGAUGGACGCCAUCAAAGGAACAAUGACUGAAAUCUACAACGAUCUCUCCAAAAACACUACGGGAAGCACAGUUGCCGAGAUCCGCAGGCUGAGGAUCGAGAUUGAGAAGCUGCAGUGGCUGCACCAGCAGGAGCUCUCGGAGAUGAAGCACAACCUGGAGCUGACCAUGGCCGAGAUGCGGCAGAGCCUGGAGCAGGAGCGGGACCGGCUCAUCGCCGAGGUGAAGAAGCAGCUGGAGCUGGAGAAGCAGCAGGCAGUGGACGAGACCAAGAAGAAGCAGUGGUGUGCCCACUGUCGGAAGGAGGCCAUCUUCUACUGCUGCUGGAACACAAGCUACUGCGACUACCCCUGCCAGCAGGCCCACUGGCCCGAGCACAUGAAGUCCUGCACGCAGUCAGCGACUGCCCCGCAGCAGGAGGCAGAUGCUGAGGUGAGUACAGACGCGGUCAGCAAGCCUGCCCAGGGGAGCACUACCAGCACUCCAACGGCCCCCACCGAGGCGGCCAGCACCCCCAAAGAGAAGGAGACGGUGGCCGAGAAGGGCAAAGAUGGCGGCUCGACCCUUGACCUUUCUGGCUCCCGAGACACGCCCUCCUCAAUCCUCCUUGGCUCCACCCAGGGCUCAGAGCAUUCCCGGAACAGCAAGUCCUGGAGCGGCAGUGAGGAGAAGCGGGCCUCGGCCCGGGCCGAGCACAACGCCAGCGCCAGCUCCUCCAGCUCCAGCAAAAGCCUCCUCCCCAAAGAGUCUCGCCUGGACGCCUUCUGGGACUAGGGGCAGAUUGUCACGACGGACACCUGGACCCUAGGGACUUGGGAAGCGGCCAUGGUGGGGCGGGAGAAUGAAUGACCACGCGGCCGCCGGCUUCUGACUCCCCAAUUCUGGACAUGCAAGCACCGCGGGCAGCCGACACUACACGCUGUGCAGCAUUGGCUCCCAGCAGCCCCAGGCUCUGGAUGUAAAUAUUGUACAGUAUGUGGGUGUCGCCGAUGCUAGGGCACCUGCCCGUUUUUAUAUUUGUAUGGACCUUAACUUAUGAAAAAGAAAAAAGAAGGAAAAAAAAACAAUGGGGAAAAUGCCCCAGCCACAAAAGAAAGGUUUUGAUGGUGGAGAAGGCGUGGGCUGCGGAGGCCCUGGGGCUGUGGUGG